AUGACCAUUUCUCAGCUGUUUUCGACCGGGUGCUGGCCGUGGCUGCUGCUGACGGCCCUGCAGGUGGUGUUCGGGCAGACGGGUCUGGAGCUGGCCGCGGUGGUGGAGUCGGAGCGAUCCGCCACAAAAGCUGUCAUCAAGGUGACACUAAUGAGACAGGAGCAGACCGGGAAGCCCGUCAUUCUGGAAGGUGUGUUUGCCGGAGCCAGCGUGAGGGGUUCUGCAGAAGGAAUGUUGAUGCAGUCCCACCCGCUGUCCCUGUGCAACACCAGCGAGGAUGACCUGCAGGACAGCUUCUUCAUCAGCAUCGUGAAGCUGGAGAGCCCGGAGCACAAGGUGCACCGGUGCCUGCCGCUGCUGGAGAAGGCUCGGCUGGCACUGGACAGAGGGGCUCAGGCGGUCAUCUUCGAUGUCACUGAUGAUGUCACUGCGGCACUUGAGCUCCAGGGCUCAGAUUUCCUGCCCCGCCCGGUGGUUUUGGUCCAGAACAGGAAUGCUGAGGUGCUCAUGAGCCUAGUGAACAGGAACGAGGACUCCAUGGUCCGCAUCGAGGUCAUGAUGGACCAGCCGCUGUGGCCGCACUAUGACCUGGGCAUCCUGCUCACCGUGGUCCUCGCCGUCCUGGCCGUCGCCGUCAUCUUUGCCGUCCACUUUCGACACAAAUCCAAAAGGAACUGGGACUCCUUCCACCAGCAGACCAUGCGGGCCAUCGGCCGCCUGGAGACCCGCAGGUACAGCUCCCAGGUGUGCCCCGGGACCCGCGGGCAGAGAGGAGAGGCGUGGGCAGGCAGCAGCUCUGGCUCCGGCCCAGUCUGUGCCAUCUGCCUGGAGGACUUCCUGGACGGACAGGACCUGAGGAUCGUUUCGUGUGCUCAUGAGUUCCACAAGGAGUGUGUGGAUCCCUGGCUGCUGCAGCACCGCACCUGCCCUCUCUGCAUGCACAACAUCAUGGGAAAAGAGAUGUCCACCCAUCAGACACCCUUCAGCAGACGUCAGCAGAACCCACGCAGCAGCCUGGGGGUCCUGCAUACCCACUCCAGCCCUGGACACCAUCCUUUCCAGCAGUACCCUCUCGCUUUCCCCAUUCGCUCCCAGUAUCCUCCCCUGGGGCUCUAUAACAGCUCCCUGCUGGGUCCCCAGGCAGCGCGCUGCUUUCCCAGCAGGCCAUUGGGCUCAGGACGAGCCUACUGCAGCUGCCUCCUCAUUGAAGCUCCGCCCCCUCAGUCUCGCCAGGCUAACGGCAGCUUCCGGACUAGCGGGCUCCAGUACCUCCACUUCUCCAGCCCCGGGUGCCGCUCUGGCUGCCCUGGUCUCCGUGGCGCAUGUCCCGCCCGCUCCCAGACCCCCCUGCCCCACAUGGGGGGGGCACACGGCAGCUGCUCAGGGGGCAGCUACAGCACGGAGCGCAGCGGCUACCUGGCGGAUGGGCCGGCCAGCGACUCCAGCUCGGGGCCCUGCCACGGCUCGUCCAGCGACUCUGCCCUCAACUGCACAGACGUCAGCCUGCAGGGGGCGCCGGGGAGCCUGUCCGCCUCCCGGAGCUCCCUCAGCAGCGAAUAUGACCCCUGGGUAUACUCCGGGGUGGGGGCAGCGCAAGGGGGUGGCGGCCAGGAUGAAGGUGCAGGGCCCGAAUCGCCGGUCAGCCACCAGCCAGAGGAGCAGGGGUUCAGACACAUCCACUACCACCACCACCAGCACCACCACCACCACGACCGCAGCCAGGGGCCUGACCGGGGCUCAGACGGGGAGCAGGGUGGAGUCCAAGGCCCUGGUACAGACAAGGACCAACAGAAGGGGGUCUGGUUCCCAAAACCAGACCCCACAGACAGGCUGCCCCACAGGACCGAGGAGGCAGAGCAUGAACUGACAGAUGCUCCCAUUGGUUCUCUCUACCAGGCUCCACCUCCCCAACAGGCUCCUCCCCCUUGCUGCCACUACCACAGCCCCACCCACCACCAAAGGAGGAAAAAGAGCAGCUUCACGCUGGACCACACAGCCGUGUGCCAACUCCAGGGCCCGGACAUACAGGACUGCUGCGUGUGUAUUCACUGCGGUCAGGGGACAGGCUGCUGCUCCCAGCUGGACUUCCCCCCCAGACUGCCCCUGUCCUUCAUUUUGGACUCGGGACACUCAGGCAAGUGGCCCUGUCACAGGGGUCAAAUGAUCCAGCAGCUCCAAGAGGCUCAGUCAGAACCACAGCUGCAGGGGUCAGAGUUCACCUCCCCCCAGGAAUGGCCACAGUGUAGGGGCCACAGGAUCAGAAGAGGAGUUCAGCAUGGAACCUCACAGCAUGUCUCCAUGUUCCACUGCUACAGGAAGCUGCAAUGA